AUGUCGAAUCCGGCUGAAAAUGUUGGACAAAUUUUUAAUGAUACUCUUCCACCAUCAAUAUCUGAUCUUGAAUUAAAAUCACAUCUUGAUAAUACUGUUACACAUGAAUAUGAACCAAAUCAGAUAAAUCAAAAAAAAUAUCGAAUUAUCACAUAUAAAAAUUUGUUGGUAUUAUGUAUUGCAUUUCUUUUACAAUUCACUGGAUUUGGUGCCAUUGGAAAUCUACAAAGUUCACUGAAUUAUGAGGCAAAUGUUGGUGUUAACUCUUUAUCUAUAAUAUAUGCCUUUCUUGUAUUUUCUGCAAUCUUUCUUCCACAUCCAAUAAUAUCGAUAUUUGGACUAAAAUGGGCAAUAGUUAUUUCACAAGUACCAUAUUUACUGUACGUAGCAGCAAAUUUACAUGCAAAAGCCUAUUUAAUGUAUCCUGCUGCUGCACUAGUAGGAUUGGGUGCAGCACCACUGUGGACAUCGAAAUGUGCAUAUCUAACAGAAACAGGGAGUAAUUAUGCCAAAUCUACUAAUUCCGAUAAAGACGUUGUUGUUAAUCGAUUUUUUGGCUUAUUUUUUAUGUUUUUUCAAUCAAGUCAAAUAUGGGGAAAUCUGAUCUCUUAUCUUGUCUUGAAACCGGAAGAAGUAAUAGAUAAAAUAGGCGAAAAUGAAACGAAUGGAAGUGUUCCUGUUGUUGUUAAAUAUGAUAAAUGUGGAGCAUUGUUUAGUGAAAAAGAAUAUAGUGCUGUUGAAGUUGUAAAUAAAAUUGAUCAAAAAACAGUCACUUUAUUAUGUAUUGUCUAUAUUGUUAUCUGUGCAUGUUCAAUAACAAUAGUUGUUAUUUUUCUCGAUCAACGACGUAAAACGUCUGCAGAUACAAUUCCGAUGAUGUUAAAAAAAAGUGUUAAAUUAUUGGUUUCUACUGUAAAACAUUUGAAAGAUUUUAAUCAAAUUCUAUUAAUACCAUUAACAAUGUGGUCCGGAUUAGAACAAUCUUUUCUUUCAGCUCAAUUUACAAAAGGUUUUGUAUCCUGUGCAUUUAAUGCAAAAUAUGUUGGAUUAAUUUUAAUUGCAUAUGGUGUAUGUGAUUCAAUUGGAAGUUUGACUUUUGGACAAUUGGUAAAGUUUUUUGGUAGAAUACCAUGUUUUAUAAUUGCUGCCGUUUGUAAUUAUACAUUGAUUAUUGUUAUGCUAAUAUGGAAACCAAAUGAAAAUCAAACCUAUGUUCUUUUUCUCAUUGCGGGUUUUUGGGGUCUAAGUGAUGCUGUAUGGCAAACACAAACUAAUAGUGAGUCCUGUUAUCCAUAUUGUUAG